UGGUAUUUUUACACGUGUGUUGAGUGUGGCGCGCAAAACAAAACUAAGUUUUUUAUACGUUUUUUAAACCUUAUUUUGUACGAUAMAUCCCUUAUUUCGUAUACCAAUAUGAGCGAGCUUACUCCUGCUUCGAUUAAGAAGCUAAAAGUUGCAGAACUAAGGUCAGAAUUGUCGAAAUUAGGCCUCGACACGAAGGGUACUAAACCAGUUUUGAUGGAGCGACUCCUCGAAGCGACCUCAGAUAAAGCCGAAGAAAAUAAUGCUGUAGAAGGCGGAACUGAAGGAGAAAACGAGACAGAUAGUAAAGAGGAGUCGUCACAAGAAAGCCAGGAUGAAUCUGCUGCMUCUGCUAAGGAGGAAGAGUCUGUUGAAAGCGCUAAACCUUCCGAGGUAGAGAGCGAUGCGAAAGUCGAAGAUGAAAAGGUUGUUGAAGAAAAGCCAGAUUCUGAAGCAGCUYCUCCAGAGAAAAUGGAGACCAAUAACGAUGAAUCUGCUGCCCCUGAACCACCUAAAGAAACUGCAAAAGAAGAACCUACUAGUAAACCUGAAGAAGUGGCGACAGAAAAACCAAAAGAUGAAGAUAAAAAGGUUGAGAAGGAAGAGCCGAUGGACGAAACUAAAGAAGCUACACCGUCCAAACAUGAAGAAGACACAUCAAAGGAACAAGGAGAUGAUCUUGAUAUAUCCGUCAACAUAAGUAAAGUGGAAGAGGAACCUGAAGUGGAGCUUGAUGAUUCCCUGGUUGUUUUGGACAAAUACAACAGUGAUCUCCAUGUUAAGAUCAGCCCACAUGCCCUGAGCCUUAGCACCCUGAAAGAAGAAGGCUUCACAUACCUGUGUGGUGGUGCAAAAGCAACCUGGGGGGUCACCAGUGGCAAGGUUUGCUAUGAACUCAAAGUGACAGAACUGCAAGAGGUAGACCUGCCAGAUUCAGAGGAGCCAAAGCACUUUGUCAGGGUUGGAUGGUCUGUGGAGGAAGCCAGUUUUCAACUUGGUGAAGACACCCUCUCCUUUGGUUAUGACAGCACAGCAAAGAAGUGUACCAAUUCAGAGUUUACAGACUUUGGUCAGACAUUUGGCAAAGAUGAUGUCAUAACAUGCUAUCUGGAUCUGGAGAGUGAAGCAAAGAAAAUUUCCUUCAGCAAGAAUGGUGAAGAUGUUGGYGAAGCAUUUGACCUGCCUGAAGAAGUGCAAGGAAAGGCUCUCUUUCCUCAUGUACUAAUAAAGAAUACUGAAUGCACCCUGAACUUUGGUUCACAGGAUGAACCUUGGUUUGCAGCAAAGGAAGGAUUCACUUUCAUUCAGAAUUGCCCUGAAGACUCCAAGGUCCAUGGAGCAAGAGGACCAGAAUCAAAACAGGACUGUGAGGUAAUGAUGAUGAUUGGACUKCCUGCUUCAGGAAAAACAACCUAUGUUAAGAAUCAUGUCAGUGAAAACCCUGACAAGAAGUAUAACAUUCUAGGAACUAGUACUGUUCUGGAUAGAAUGAAGUUGUUGGGUGUUGCUAGGAAACAAGAGAAGUUUCUCGAUCCCCAAGGUUGGCGAGGUGUUUGAUGAGAUAACCUACGUGGACCAGGAUGAAGAAACGUCUAGAAAAAUCAUAACAGAAUACGUUAAAGACGGYAACUACCAACGACGACGCACCUUCAGUGGAAGUGGUAGUGGCGAGCCUGAAAAUAAACGACCCCGCUAUCACGAUCGACCCCGCUAUGGAGGACACGGUGGCGGGGGCGGUGGUGGUUAUUACGGUGGUGGUGGUGGUGGAUGGGGCGGUUCACCCAGAGACUAUCGGUAUAAUGACAACAGACGAGGUGGUGGCUUUCGUGGUUCCCCUCAGAAUAGAAGAGGGGGGUCUCCUCAGUAUGGGCGUGGUGGCCGUGGAGGAUAUAGGGAUAACUACCGAGGAGGGAGAGGAGGAUAUCAAGGUGGAGGAGGGAGAGGAGGCUAUCAAGGAGGAGGGAGAGGAGGCUAUCAAGGAGGAGGAUAUCAGGAUAAAAGGAGCUAUGGYGGUGGAUAUGGCGGUAACAAAGGUUAUGGCGGUGGGAAGAGCUAUGGAGGUGGAGGAAGCUACGGCAGUGGUGGUGGCUACGGUAACCAGUCACACAAACAGCCACAGCAGCAACAGCAGCAGUACAAUUAUAGUGUACAACAACAGACUCCUCGGCAACCAGCCGCCACCCCGCARACACAAGGAGCGUACAGCAACUACAGCCAAUACUAUCAAAACUAUCAACAGUAUGGACAGCAGCCGCAACAGACUGGCACACAGGCAGCUGCUACUUCCACCUACCAGCAGCAAUACCCAGCGUACUACCAACAGCAGGGYACAUAUCCGCAGGGUGGAGGAUACUCCGGUAGUUAUGGCUACUAGAUUCCCUUUUUUGUCCUCACCAGUAAAGCGUCGAUACCUUAAGCUACUACACUCGCUAAAGUUUUUUUUUUUUUGUAAAUAUCUUGUUACAUCUUGAAUGAAUUGUGACGUGUAGAAGUGAAAAGUGACAUUGCAGUGAAAGCCUGAUGAAGAUAGAAUGAGACUUGUCUAAAUUACUGCAUAAAGAACGAGUGAUUUUUGGGAUUUAGAUUUAAUAGAAAAUUUUUAGUACGAAAUGCAAGUGCCUUAGUGACAAUAUUCUUUUCAUGUUUGUUUUAUUAGUAUUUAACAAGUUUAGCAUACGAGUGGUUUUGAUAAAUCYGUGAAAUACACUUWAGCUUAUUUAGUGCUAUUACGCUCUAAUUCUUUUGUUUUCUAUUGUGUUUAUCCAAUUAUUACACUCUAAUUAGUACACUUUGGUAAGCAUGGGUGGGGUAGCGCCUCUCACCAAUGCGACCCAGGUUCUAGUACCCCCUCGGCUUGGUGUCGUAUGUGAGUAGUGUGUUGUUUGUUGGUUCUCKCCUGUGCUUCGAGGGUUUUCCUUCCGGGUUCUCCUGUUUCCUCCCUCCGCAAAAAUUAUAUUCUAAUUCAAUCUAGAAAGGGCCUAGAUGAAAAUUACUCUGUGUAAUKCUAGUUACCCUAGUUAUUCUAGUUAUUGUUUCACGGGUUCAUGAAAACCACUCAAAUUCAUGUUUUUUGAUAACUUGUUAAGCGAUGACGACCUUGUAAAUAACACAACUUCUACUUAUGCAUAUCCACGUGGAUUUAUGAAACUAGCAAAAAUAUUCUCACCUGGAAUCGAAAUAGAAAGAAUCCUCAGUCAGUUUUUGUUCUUUGAUCCAARAAUAAUCGCUGGUUUUCACAGCCGCCAUGUUGGAUGAAGUUAAAAGAUUGAUCAUUUGUCUCUUGUUGUAUCAUCCAACAUGGUUGCCAUGCCUUUUGUUAUUUUUUAAUCUCUUGGGAAUGAUUGCAAAAAUGCAAUAAAUUUUUCAGUCAAGUUUCAAUUGUCAUUUUAUUUGUCGUUGUGGAAGUUUGCAAUGCUUUUCGUAAGACUUACUUUUCGCUAGCGCAGAUAGUCUUUCGUAAGAAAUAUGUAGUCAAAAUUUAAGUCCUAACUGUAUGCCGUCUUGAUUAUCCUUGCAGCGCUGCUGAAAUUCUUCUAUUGCACGUUACAUCAUCCCGCCCAUUUUGGUGUCGUUUGACUAAAUUCUCAUUUAUUAGCAUGCAUUGUUAACCGCACCGCGAUGGCCGCCAUGUUUUUGUCUUAUCUUUCUUGGGAUUAUUUGAAAUUAAUUCUUGAAAUACUCUUGGCCAAUGGUAGGCUGCUAUUUCAAACGCUUCUCUCAAUUAAGAUGAUUAUAUAUAAUACGUUUUUAUGAUUAUAACAGCAGAAGUCAAACCAGUGUGCGGUGGAAGUGUUGAAUAGCCGCUAGUCAUUUUCAAGCUUAGAUUAGUGGGUUAUUUCCUAGCAUUUUGAUUGGCUCAAUUAUUCAAGCCAGAUUUUGUACGAAAACCUCUUUGUUUUUUUUUUACCAGGAAAUUCCAAAUCUUAAAUCAAAAAUAUGUUUGUCAAAUUUUCACUUUUAAACCAAUAGGCCUUUUACCGAAUUCGCUCGAGUGUUCACAAAACUGUCGUCGCUGCAAGUGGAGGUUGUAYUUGAUSUGUUMAUACAUUAACUGUAUYUUAUCAAGUCCAUCCUCRACUUGGAAACAUUGUUUCGUGGUCACCCAAGAAAAUCGGGGAAGGCUAUGUUCAACUUUUUCUUGGCAAAACGAAUGUGAGAAUACCAAUAACGACUCUAAUAUUUGUAUUUUWAAAAUGUCUAAAUUUUCA